CCCUUCCGUGGGGAAAUCGGCAGCUGCUGGGCAUGGGUGCCCGGAGGUAAAGGCAUCCAGAGGGAAGGCCCGGGGGCCCGGGCGGAGCUCCAGCCCGGUCCUGCCCGCUUCUCCAGUGCCUGCGACCCUCAGAUGCCCCCAGCCCCGGCCACGCCAGCCGGAAACUUUGUCCUGCUAAGUCCCCCACCUGCCUGACCGCACCGUGCGGCGCCUGGUCGGCCGAGCGCCCUCCGGAGCCCCGCAAACCUGAGCGCGAUUGCCUGGCCGCCCGGUACCCCGCGACCUCGGCGCCCUGCCGCCAGGAUGCGCUACGCGGACCCCUCCGCCAAUCGCGAUUUGUUGGGGAACCGAACUUUGCUUUUCAUCUUCAUCUGCGCCUUCGCCUUGGUGACCUUGCUGCAACAGAUUCUCUAUGGCAGGAACUACAUCAAGAGAGGCCUCCAGUUUGGUUGGCAGAAUGAUGACCAGCUGGCCAAUUGGACGGGGCUCUUUAAUGUCACGGACAACCCGGCAGUGCAGAGCGGCAGUGACUCCAGCUCCAGGUACUUUGACUUUUAUGAGGGGCCUUUUGAAUAUAACUCCACAAGAUGCCUGGAGCUGAGGCACGAGAUACUGGAAGUGAAGGUGCUGUCCAUGGUGAAGCAGUCGGAACUGUUCGACAGGUGGAAGAGCCUCCAGAUGUGCAAAUGGGCGAUGAACAUCUCUGAGGCCAAUCAGUUCAAGUCCACCCUGUCCAGGUGCUGCAAUGCCCCUGCCUUUCUCUUCACCACCCAGAAGAACACUCCCUUGGGGACGAAGCUCAAGUACGAGGUGGACACGAGUGGCAUCUACCACAUCAACCAGGAGAUCUUCCGCAUGUUUCCCAAGGACAUGCCGUACUACCGGUCCCAGUUUAAGAAGUGUGCAGUGGUUGGCAAUGGAGGCAUCCUAAAGAACAGCCGCUGUGGGAGGGAGAUCAACAGCGCCGACUUUGUCUUCCGGUGCAACUUGCCCCCCAUCUCAGAGAAGUAUACCAUGGAUGUGGGGGUGAAAACAGAUGUGGUUACCGUGAACCCCAGCAUCAUCACUGAGAGGUUCCACAAGCUGGAGAAGUGGCGGCGGCCCUUCUACCGUGUGCUGCAGGUGUACGAGAACGCGUCGGUGCUGCUGCCGGCCUUCUACAACACGCGCAACACCGACGUGUCCAUCCGCGUCAAGUACGUGCUGGACGACUUCGACUCGCCGCAGGCGGUCUACUAUUUCCACCCGCAGUACCUGGUCAACGUGUCGCGCUACUGGCUGAGCCUCGGGGUGCGCGCCAAGCGCAUCAGCACCGGCCUCAUCCUGGCCACCGCGGCGCUCGAGCUCUGCGAGGAGGUGCACCUGUUCGGCUUCUGGGCCUUCCCCAUGAACCCGUCCGGCCUCUACAUCACCCACCACUACUACGACAACGUCAAGCCACGGCCCGGGUUCCACGCCAUGCCCUCAGAGAUCUUCACCUUCCUGCACCUGCACAGCCGCGGCAUCCUCCGCGUGCACACGGGCACCUGCAACUGCUGCUGAUGCCCAGCCGGGCUGCCGGGCAGACUGGGUCUGGUAUGGUGACUAACACCCUUCAGUAGUUCCGCUUUGUGCGUGGGUCCCAGGGUAGGGAGGCAGGGACAGGGGACUAGGGCAGGGUCAGCUCUGUGCUCGGCCUCCUGGACCUGGCCUCUGCCCUGUGCCUCCACCUGCCCGGGGCUAGCAUGCUGCUGGGCCUCACCCCAAGAUUGGAGGCUGUGGCGAUUGCAAGGAAAGAAAAGCACAUGCCACCCAGUGUUGUCAUCUGAGAGAGCACAAACUGGUCCCUCGUUGCAGCUACAGGAAGCCCUCCAGAGACAGGAAUUGAGGGAGAACACAAGACAUGCAACAGGACACUUGAGCACAAUCAAAAUUUCACUCAAACUUGUAGGAUCCUGAGAUUUAUUCUAAGGACUUAGCUCUGAAUUGCUAUCUAGAAUCUCAGAGCUUAGAGGCCAAGCCAGUGGUCAGAACUUCCAGAAAAGAAGAAAUUGUCUCAGAGAGGUCCAGGAACUUACCAGAUAAGCCACAUCACCCAGCACAUUUGUAAGGUGACACUGAGAUCCAAGGCAAGGCCUGUGUUAGGGGGUCUGCUGAGGACCCCUCAACCUUUCAAACACAUCCUCAGACACACACAGUCUUGGUGCCUCCUGGUUCAAUCCUGCGCUGAUCUUUUGAUGAGAAGGAAAUAAACCAGACCAGCCAUUUGCACUACAGUUUCUAAGCCAGUGUAUCGACUUGAUAAGUGCUUAGCAAUUUGCUUCCUCUUCUGUCUCUCUAUUUUCAGCUCCAUUUAAACCGGGAGUUAUUUAUAAAGAUCUGUUCCUUUUAUGUUUCUGAAUACUUGCAGAAUCCUGCUGUAUCGUGUUCCUCAGUUGGAACCAUAAGGCUGGAAAGUGCUAAGUGUCAUGCAGAGAGCUUAGUGAAUGAGAGCACGUCGUGACCUUUGACACCAGCAUCAUUGAGGUUUGGCUGUGAAGGCAGGAUUUCCCGCGUGCCCGCCUGGGGCCUUCACACACAAGGACUCCCAAGGCCAUGGGGAAGUCAGCUGGCCCUAGGCUGAGAGGGGUUGACAAGUCAUUUCACAUCUGCAAUUCAUUCCCUUUGCUUCCCCCUGUGGUUUUCCUGCCAUUAAUGCGACUGUACCUAAGAGACACUGUUGGUAAAUUGCCUUAGGACUUAGCUUUGUGGAAUCAUAGGCUAUUAGUGCUACGAGGACUUCAACCCACCUGCUUGGCCUCUUCUCUCCCUCCUUUCUUCUCUCUUUUCCUCUCUCCCUUCCUUCUUCUCUCUGUUCUUCCUUCCCUCCCUUAAACAUUUCUAGAAAGCCUCUUCUUUGGUCCGUGGUUGGGCUUAGGAAGACAUGAUGACAAAGAAAGGCGUUGUCUCUGUGUCUGGGGUGGAGGGUGGACCGUUGACCUGCCCAGUCCCACCUGCUGGGUGCUUUGAAUACAGCAGGGAGCAGAACCUUUCAUCUUAUCACCUCAUUUUACAGGCAGAGCCCCGGGCUGGCGAGAGGCAGAGGGGAGCACAGGCUCUGUCCCCAGUCUCUAGGUGCCUUUUCCAGGGCUUCUUUCUUGGUCAGACCUUUCUGGCUUAUGUUCCUGCUGGUAGGUUGCUGCGGAGCAUGUAUGUCUGGCACAGCACGUUCUGAGCUCCAGUCCUGGCUGGAAAAACCUCAGGCUGCUCUGAGCCCUGGUCAGCUGGUCUGUAAAGUAGGAGAGUAGCCAAGAAGAGCGAGUGGGCCCAAACAUGUGGUAGACCAGGAAAGAUGAUACCAGGACAGGGGAUGGUGGUUGCUUUCUUGAGUUCUGCGUGUUUCUCCCAAGGAAGGAACUUCUGGGAAAGAUUCCAGUUAACUUAGAUUUCUAGCCACUGUUCGUGGUUAAUGGAACCCAGUGUUUGAAACCUCAGGCUGUCAAAACUGGAAAGCUCGUAAAGGCCAUUUUGUCCCACUUAAGGAAACAAGCCCAGAACAGAAACACACCCUAGGUUGAGUCAUGCCUGGGGCUCUCCAGGCUUCCUGCUCUGGAUAGAACCCUCUACUGGAUGUGCUCUGUGUUCCAGAGAUGACAGGUGGCUUGGUGGGUCAGACAUCAGGGUUCCCACAGCCAAGAGGACUGAUCAGAAUCUUCCCUGGCCAGGGCCCUUUUAUGAUCUGUCCAUACAGGGAUUGGGACACCUGGCUUAUGGCUAUAUUUUAGCCUGUGGAUCUUAGGGCAAUUCCCUCCUCUCUCUCAGGGUUUCAGAUUCCUCGUGUCUACAACUUCAAGCUUAGUAAAGAUUUCUAGAGUUUCUACAACCUCCAUUUAUUUUCAAAGAGGUUCAUCGUGUAUGGAUCUAAGCCAUAAAUAAUACUUAUAGUAAUAACCAGGAUUUAUGUGCUUUUGUUCUGCACCAGGCCCUACAUUAUCUCCUGUAACCAUCACAGCACCCCCACUGUACAGGUGAGGAGACUGAGGCUCAGAGCAAAUCAGGGAGUUUCCCAGGGUUAGGCACCCAGGUCUGUAGAACCCCAAAGCUUCCCAGCCAGGGCCACCAGGCAGGGCUGGAGCAAGAGGGACUCUGACCACGAGGCCAUGGCAGGGUGGUGCUGGAUCCUGCCCUAGGGACAUAUGCUCUGGAGGCUGUCAUGGGUCCAGAGGCAAUCUCUGCUUAUAGGUACCUCCCCCAGCUCUACCCCUGUAGCAGUGCCCACUUACCCACAGUGGCCCUGGAGGGGAACUGUGGCUAUCUCCAUAUUUUUGAGGAAAAGAAAAGAUGCUCAGACAGGGUACAUGUUAAGUGACAACAUGAGUGACUUAUCCAGUGCCAUCUGGGCAUCUAGCGGCUCAGCUGGGACUCACCCAGUCUUCUGGCUUUCAGGCUAUGGUCUUUCCUCUGCAGCCAGUGUUUGUAGGAAAAACACUUCUUCAAAGGCCCAGAGAGACCCGGCAGUGACUCUGGAAGCCUUUGGCCAUGUUCCGCUCCCUGCUAUCACCACCCCACUGGGCAGUGCACACAACCUUUUAAAUUAUUACCUAAGGAAAAUUGAUUCCUCACAAACAAAACAACCAUCAUGUCUUCGUGUGUGCUAAGUCCACUGCUCUAGGCAGCAAAAACAAGCAAAUGACUCAGUGUUUAGCCAAGCAAAGAAAAAGAAAAUGUGGCUCAAGGUCAGAUGCAGCCUCUGAGACCAUUUCACAUUAACUCUGCCCACCAAUCACCUGCUGCCAAGGACAACACCAGCGCUCAUCGCGCUUCACCAUACUGAGCAUGGGGUAGAAGCAACCACUGAGGGGCAAGCAGAGUGCUGGCUGAAACCAGCCACUAAUUUGUUGAGUGAAUUGGUGGAUAGAUUAUAUUUAUUGAGUGCUCACUUUGUGCAGGCAUUGUGCUAGGUUCCAGGAAACUAGUGAUGAAUAAAAUGUAGUCUCUGCCCUCCUGGGGCUUAUGGACUGGUGUGUGUGAACAGACAGAUGUUAAAUGAAGAAUCCUGCAAAAAGCAAGAGGUGGCUGUGCUGAGUACAUGGAGUCCAGUCUCAGGGACAGGGAUGGAGGUGGUGAUGGCUGAAGUUGAUUCAGAAUUCUGAAGGUUGGAAGCAUAAAUAGGGUAAUUGGCAAAGCAGCAAAUAUUUCUCCAGUCUCAUCCUUGGUAUCUGUGUAACAUUUGGCAACAUCGGCCUCUGGUCUUUUUAGAAUCUUUUCCUCCCCUGUUCCUAACAAAGUGUCCUCCCUGACUUCCGUCUUGUCUCUCCCUGAAUGCUCCUUCUCAGGCUCCUUAGUUGAUGCAUAUCCUGUGAAUCUUCCUCAGCAUUCUCCUCUCUUACUAGGAGCGUUCCUGCAGAAAUCGCAUCUCAAACGAUUGUGGCAUCUCAAACUCAACAUGUCCUCAACUGGUACAGUUUAAAGAACUACCUGGCUCACAGUCUUCCCCCACUACUUGGUAGCUGUGUGAACUUGGAGGAGAUCCUGAAGUCCCUGGAGGUUUUGGUUCAUCAUCUGAACCAAAUCCUAUUUGAAAUGAGGAUGCACACGGAUCUCAUCGGCGGUUGCAGGGGCUAAAUGAGAUAGUGUUGCACAAUGCCCAGCGUGGCCCCCAGCACAAGCUAGACACUCAGUAAAGUGCUGCCUUUGCCCAAAACCUGGGUCACUCUUGCCUCUUCCUUUUUCUGCACUUGUUCUACCUAUGUCUUCACUGAAUCUUGUCAAUUCUAACUCAUAAACAUCCCUUGAAUUCAUUCUCUUCCUGCAUCCCCUCUGCCACUGCCCCAACUCAGCCCUUCCGACUGAUCUUUCUACUUUCAGCGAACUUCCUACUAAACCCCCCUAGUGGCCUGUUGUCUGUCUAUACCAUGAAGUUCAGAUUCCUUACCAAGUCAUGAGGGACAUGUGCAGACUUGCUCACUUACCUGCCCAGAGACAUUCUGCCAUUUCCCCAUGUCCCAGUACUACUCAAGGCAAUGUGACUUCGUUCAGUGGUAAGUUACACAUUGCACAGCUAUUUGACAUGGCUGGGGUGGCCGCCACACUCCCCCUUGCCUUCCUUCUUAGCUGGCUAUUUUGGCAGAGAAUGUCAGAUUACAGCCCCUGUGUCCUCCCGUCUAGUAACCUGGGCAUUCUCUCCACUGUGCUUUUGCUGGAACCAUCAAUGACUUCUGUUAGGACAUUCUCACAGCAUGUGAGGACAUGGAGUGCCUCCAUGUCCUUGGCAGUGGGCGGGGUCUGUCUUUUUCCCCAGGGAAGAUACAGUAUCUAGCCCAUUCUCCUGGAGCUCCUCAG